AUGGCCGCGCCGGCAGUUGCGGGUGUGAGAGAGGACGGCAGAACAGGCAUUCCGGGUCAACCGUGCAAGGUGGCUGCCGGAGCCACAAAGCUCAAGGAGUGCCCGCGCGACUGCCGCGGCGAGUUUGUCCUAAUCCAGCCCGACGGGUGUCAAGACAUUCACGGAAAUUCCGUGAAUACGGGGCAGCGCGUCGCCUCGCAUGAAUACCGCAUCACCCAGACUGCGCUGCGGGGCGGCACGGAUUGCCCGUACACCGAGGGGGAGGUCCAGACCAAAACGUGCCCCGUUGACUGCGUGCAAACCUGGGUACCGGAGGAGAACGCACGGCGCGCGAGGAACGACGGCCAGGAUGUCGUGACUGAGAGGCUUGUGGAGCAGGCCCACCCAAAACCAGGCUCGGACGGUGCGCCAGGUGCAGACUGCUUGGAAACAAUCACACAGCGAGCCGAAAAGUGCCCCACGGAUUGCAUCGGGGAGUGGCGGAGAACUGCUGAAGCGUGUGAUCCCGGGGCAAUAAAUUGGGUGGAGCAAAUCGUGAGCCACCGCUACGCGAUCACCAGGCCGGCCGCAGCCGGCUAUCCCAACAGCACACCCGGCGAAAAGUGUAAAGACGCGGACUGCGCAAAUCCCAUUGAUUGUCAAGAAAAUGAGGGAAAGAUGGAAUCGUGUCCGCGUGACUGCCGUGGCACUUGGGACUACGCGACCGACGCGUUGCUGAAAGAGCAGUGCACCGGCCAGGGCGAGGAACUUACACGGACGUUUACCAUCCAAACGCCGAAACUGCUCACCGGCCAGGAGUGCGCGGACAAGGGAAAAACGGCGACGAUCGUCUGUCCGAAGGAUUGUGUCGGCGCUUGGGAUUAUGACGACGAGGCGGCAUUGGUGGCCGCGAAAUGCACUGAGCAAAAUGCCGGGCAGGAGGUGCAUCGGACGUUUACCAUCAGCGAGGAAGCAGAGAAUGGCGGAGAAAGUUGCGCCCACGUAAAAAACGCGAGGGUUUUUGCGUACUGCCCGACCGACUGCAUUGGGGCCUGGGAUUACAAUUCCACGGAAGAUCUUUUGGAAAACCGCUGCACCGGGCGGGGGGAAACCCUUGCGCGGACGUUUUUCGUUUCCCAGACCGAGGAACACGGGGGAAAAACCUGUUUGUUUGCGCACAACCACACCGAAGCGAACAACACCGUGACCUGCCCGACCGAUUGCGUUGGCGCGUGGAACGCCACGGUUUCCGGGUUAUGUGCUGGCGAGUCGGAUGGGACGGAAAAAACCCGGGUCUACGUGCAGACAGUCGCCGCCGCGAAUAACGGGACUGCCUGCCCGGCCGCGGCGAACGCGACCGAAGCGAUCAUUUGCGGCAGUGCAAGACGAACUUCUUCUAGUUCUACCCCGUCCCGGCUAGAACAAACUGGCGACUCGUCCAAAGAAGACGUGGACCCUGGCGCACCGCAGAAGGAAGAUGAGGCGGGAAUGCUUGGCACUAGUACAGAACGCCAGCUUCUCGGCUAUGGAUUGCAAAUUUGUCUGGGAGGUCUGGAAGAGUGAAACUUGCAAUGGUGUCUGCGGAUUCUAAAAAUUAUUGCUGUGUUGCAUGAGCAGCAAGGAAGAGGACUCAGUUCUUGGCACGCGGAGAGGGCCGCGUUUCUCAUGCGUAAUUAGCAUCAAGAGGCUCUCAAAAAAUCUGUGUUGCUAGCACCAGCAUCACAGACCUCACGGAUCAUGCAAAAUGUGCAUGACAAGCCUCGACUCUUCCAGAUCCAGACACUGUUGCAGUUGAUAUCGUUUCGUCUGUCACAAAUGUGCGAAAAAUGCCCAAUCCAAGGGAACUGGACCUCGACCUUGACGUCGAACCGCCCUUAUGCAAUGUAAAUUUCCCGUACAGGUACAAAAUGCAUGACAAAUUUCGCUAACUUGCAGUGUCCAACUUGUCAUGCUAGACUAGGACUGAAGGCAAGUUUUUUCUCUCGCCCCUUAGCCCAAAGGGGUACGUCGUCUCUUCCGUGAGAACAAAAACUUAUGGCGUAAAAUGGGUCGGGUCCUGGAUCGUUCUGUAUGUUGGGCUGUCGCGCUCGGCUAGCUGGCCGGGCUGUGUUGAUCAGGUGUGGUGGGUAGCUCCCGACUGGUUGGCACUUUUAUUGGGGCGACUUGCCGUGGUAGCGCUCGGCUUUUGUAUGUUGAGGUCGCCGAAAGUGCUUCCUCGCCCACCCCCCGGGGAGGGGAUCCUUGACCUGUGGCGCUGGGAGCGGGUGUCCACUACAUGAUGAUGAUGAUGAUGCAGAGACUGCGUUUGUACGUGUACAGGAAAUUUCCUGUGGAUAGCCCUUGCUGUGCUGCUAAGAACAAUACCAACUGCACACGACAUUCACGA